AUGGGACGACGCGUGCUUGUGCCGCUUCUGCUCGCAGCAGCGUCGCGUGGCGUCUUGGCCGAGGACGGUGAUAGCCACCUCGUCACGGUUGUGCUCAUUGGCGUCGGCGUCGGGCUCGUCGUGGCCGUCGGGCUCGUCGUCGUCUUGCGCAAGUGCUGCAACCGCCGCGCCAAGGCGCCACAAUUUGAAGACUUUGUCGACCCGAUGGACGUUGUGGAGGCGCCACGCCCGCGAAAAGACAUACAUCCGUCGCGCUUCCACCACCUGCAGCGGGAGACGGAAGCCACGUCACCGUCCGAGUCGCUCGCAUUGGACCCGAUGCACUCGGCGUACAAGCAGCCACCGGUCAAUAGACCACCACCUAUGGCUGCCAAGCCUGUGCCAGCACACCGAGCGCCACCUGCUGGAAAACGCGAGCUGCCGCCCGCGAACCCGCAGCCCGCUCCCGUCAGCUUUCGCUUCAACGUGGACCCGGUCGCACAAGAUGAUAUCAACUAUGGCCUGAGCGUGUCCCCAACGACGACGGCCCCGGCGCCGAUCGAACCGAUUGCGCCUCGUCCUCCACCUGUUGCUGUCAAGCCGCCACCCAAGCCUGAGACGCGGCCGUCCCGGUCGUCCCAUGCCUCGCAGCAUGUAACCCCGCCAUCGCGAUCGUCGUCGUCGCCGCAUGCGUCGCCCGUAAAACACUCGGUCUUUGACGCACAUAUCGAGCUGCCGCGGGAGCAAUCGAGCGUGAAGAAGCCAUCCAAGUUCAAUGCACCAAUCGAGCUGCCGAAAGAUGCGCCGAGAGCGCCACGCUCCAAGCCACACCAGACGCCAGAGAUGCGAGCCGCCAAGAAAGCAGCUCUCAUCAACCAGCUCGGAGCAUCGCGCGUCCCGACGAUGCCACAGGACCCGCCACGACGCGCCCCUGAACCGAGGCACCGAGCUCCCGAACCGAUGCACCAGCGACCCGCGCCACAAGAACCGCCGCGUUCCGUUGACGCUCCACGCGCACCCGAGCCCAUGUGUCGGCCGAGUGCGCCCGAAGCUGGGUUCUUGCCGCUGCCGGCCGCCCCGGCCUAUCAGCCGGCGGCCUUGGGCCCCGAGCCCCGCGCCGCGCUUCCAUGCGCCGUACCCCGAAGAAGAGGAGGCGUACUUGACGUGUGUCGACAACGCGGACGACACGCUGCCGCUGGGCGCCGAAGCGGGCUCGUACCGCGUCAAGGCCGCGCUCAUCCAGCAACUCCAAGCGCCAGAAGCCAAGAGCGCUGAAAACCGUGAGCCGCCACGCAUGGAAGAGCGGCACGAUAUGAUUUACCUCCCAAAGACGUCCGAGUUUGCGCACCAAGUGCGUCGGAAUGAGUACGACUACUACCCUUUCGGCGACGAUGCACUGUACGAAACGUCGCUGAAUACGGUCGACACGCUUCCGCUCGGCAUGGAGGCCGGCGCGUACACCAAGGGCAAAUUGGAUGUCGCCGCAUAUGAGCGCAAGCAGCGCCUCAAGGCCGAUCAAAUCAAGCACCUUGACGUCAAGGUGCGAUUGGACCGACCGCCAGACCGGUACUAGGAGCCCCGCGGGUCGUAAAAUGAAUGAGCCAAGUGCGAUGUCGC